UGCUGCAACCUGGUUGAUCGAUCAUAAGUGGAUACUGAGCAUAGCAAUGACUCCCAACAUAUAGAAAAAUUAACUUUUAGACUGCACCUCUUAGCUCACCCAACAUAGAAUCCAAAAGAGUAACUUAUGCAAACCUAGUUAGAAGUGGGUUGGAGAAUAAGAGCAACAACACACAUGUUAUGAUAUUUUAAUUUCUUGCUUUUUAAUGGAUAUAAAGUCAGCCUUCCAUAGUCUGUAUCCAUGGGUUGAACUAUCCACAACUUGAAAGUAUAUACCGUAUAUACUUGAGUAUAAGCCGACCCGAAUAUAAGCCGAGGCACCUAAUUUUACCACAAAAACUGGGAAAACUUACUGACUCAAGUAUAAGACGAGGGUGGGAAAUGCAGCAGCUACAGGUCACAUUCAAAAAUAAAAAUAGAUAUUAAUAAAAUUGCAUUAUUUGAGGCAUCAGUAGGUUAUUUUUUUGAAUAUUUAUAUAAAACUGUAAUUUAAAAUAAUAUGACUUUAAUAAGAUAAGACUGUCCAACUCUGAAUACCUAUAUACUCAAGUAUAAGCCGACCUGAAUAGAAGCCGGCUAGGACCCUCACUCGAGUAUAAGCCGAGGGGAGCUUUUUCAGCUCUAAAAAGGGGCUGAAAAACUAGGCUUAUACUCAAGUAUAUACAGUAUUUAAAACAAAAUCCAAAAAGCAAACUUUGAUUUUGUCAUUUUAAAUAAGGGACACCAUUUUAUUACACCACUAUAUAUAAUGGGACUGGAGCAUCCACAGAUUUUGGUAUUUAUGAUGGGUUCUGGAACCAAAUCCCAUUAAAUACCAAGGACCUACUGAGUUUUUAAAUUACCUAUAGUUCAUUAACAUUUUGUUUGCUUUGAUUAAUGUGUGCAUUUUUAUGUAUUUCCCUUUUUUAUGCUGCCUUGAGUCCCAGGGUUGGGAAAAGGCAGGAUGGACCUUUUGUCCACAUAGCCAGUAUGUGUGCUGCUUUACUCAGCAAAUUCCUCUCUCUCUUUGGCGGUAUCUAUGAGAACGAAUCCCGCAACAUUGAGAUGCUGGCGGCCGCCUGUGCAGUAGGCGUUGGCUGCUGCUUUGCCGCUCCCAUCGGAGGUGUCCUCUUCAGCAUCGAGGUCACAUCAACCUUCUUUGCUGUCCGCAACUAUUGGCGCGGCUUCUUUGCUGCCACCUUCAGUGCCUUCAUCUUCCGAGUGCUAGCAGUAUGGAACAAAGAUGAAGAAACUAUCACCGCUCUCUUUAAAACCCGCUUCCGAUUGGACUUUCCCUUUGACCUGCAGGAGCUGCCGGCUUUUGCUGUCAUUGGGAUCGCAAGUGGCUUUGGCGGGGCGUUGUUUGUCUACUUCAAUCGCAAGAUCGUGCAGUUCAUGCGCAAGCAAAAGGCCAUUAAUCGCUUCCUCAUGAAAAAACGCCUGCUCUUCCCUGCGCUUGUCACACUUCUCAUUGCAACACUGACCUUUCCACCUGGCUUUGGGCAAUUCAUGGCUGGCCAGCUCACGCAAAAGGAAACACUGGUGACCUUGUUUGACAACCGUACAUGGGCCAAGCAAGGAUUGGCAGAAGAAUUUGAAUAUGUUGGUGCCUCUGAGGCCUGGAAGCACCCACGCUCCAACGUCUUUGUCACCCUGGUAGUCUUCAUUCUCAUGAAGUUCUGGAUGUCUGCAUUGGCCACCACCAUCCCAGUGCCCUGUGGGGCCUUCAUGCCAGUCUUUGUCAUUGGUGCAGCUUUUGGCCGCCUGGUAGGCGAAAGCAUGGCCGCUUGGUUCCCGGAUGGCAUCCACACUGACAGCAACAUCUACCGCAUUGUGCCUGGAGGCUACGCAGUGGUGGGUGCAGCCGCGCUCUCUGGCGCGGUCACCCACACAGUCUCCACCGCCGUUAUCGUUUUUGAGCUGACAGGCCAGAUCUCCCACAUCCUGCCGGUGAUGAUCGCGGUAAUUCUGGCCAACGCCGUGGCCCAGAGUUUGCAGCCCUCGCUCUAUGACAGCAUCAUCCGAAUCAAGAAGUUGCCCUACUUGCCAGAGUUGGGCUGGGGACAUCAUGAGAAGUACAAUGUCCGUGUGGAGGACAUCAUGGUGCGGGACGUUCGCUACAUCACCCUAAACUGUCGGUACCGCGACCUUCAGGACGUGCUGCAUAGUACAAAAAUGAAGAGCUUGGCUUUGGUGGAAUCAGUGGAAUCCAUGAUCCUGCUGGGCUCCAUUGAGCGCACGCAGAUUGUGGCCCUCCUGAAUGACCAGCUGAGUUAUGUGCGCCGCUUGCAAUACAUGCGGGAGAAGAUCCAAGUCGAGCGCAAAGCCACCGAGAAGAUUCCAGAAGGCGAGGAGCUGCACCAAACGCCUGACACGGGAGUGCGCUUUCAGAUCAUCACUGAGGAAUCUUCAUUUGUCCCGCCUCGAAGUGAAUCCCGCAAACCCCUCAAGCCAGCUCUGAAGCGAGCCCCCAGCACUUUAUCUGAGAGCCCUUCAACUGGAGCUGUGGACGCUCCAGGCAUUGCUUUGCGGAGCCUUUUUUGUGCCAACUCCCCAACAACUGAGUCCACUGAGGAUGAGAAUUCGGGCCUGUCUGAAAAGCGCAAGUCGAAGCGCGUCCGCAUUUCCGUGGCGGAUGAAUAUGAAGUGGUUGGUGAGAUGACCCCCACGGAGAUCCUGGAGUGGGAGGAACAACAGCUUGAUCAGUUUGUCAACUUCAACAGCUGCAAAAUUGACCCUGCACCAUUCCAGCUGGUGGAGCGCACUUCUUUGCACAAGACGCACACCAUCUUCUCCCUCCUGGGAGUGGACCAUGCCUACGUCACCAGCAUCGGGCGCCUUAUUGGCAUGGUGUCCCUGAAGGAACUGCGAAAAGCCAUUGAGGGCUCGGUCACAGCCAAGGGCGUCAAGGUCCGUCCUCCGCUGGCCAGCUUCCGUGACAGCACCACCAGCAGCAGUGAGACGGAGGCCACCGAAAUCCACCAGCUGUGGGACCGGCGGCACCGGCACUCCAUCCCCCGCGAGUCCAGCCCUUCUGAAAGCGACGACAAAUGCCAAUGACGGUGGCAGAAGAGGACGUGCAGAGCAUUGGUGGACGUGAUAGGUCUGCGUUGAUGGCCCAUCCCCUCCCAUGAGCUGCUUCCUUCCAGCCCAGACCCACAUGGAGGGUGGGGAUGUCAGUGCCUUGCUUAGCAUUCCAGCUCAGGGUCCUGGGACCUCAAACACAUGCUUUCCAGAGGCCUCUGGAUCAGAAAAGAGACUUAGGGCCAAGUCUUGGGAAGUAGGCAAUGGGAUGGCACCCCAGUCCAAAACCCGGAGGCUGCUCCCUUUCCUGUUCUUGGUUGGAAAGUGUGGAGGGAGCAGAAGACAUUCCUGCUGUGGAAUGCCUCAAGAUUCCCUGCGGAGAGCUCUGUCUGCCUCACUGGGGUUCAAGCCUCAAGUGGAGUCUCCGCUUCCUGGAAAUACUGGAUCCAUCUCUCUCUUGCCCACUGGAUGCUGACGACAACACACCUGUCCCCAUAUUGUGGGACUGUGCUUUCUUCCAUCGCACAUCCUGGCAGUCUUUUUUUUUAUCUUGCCCCUUGAUCUCAGGGCUUGCUCAUUCAACACAACUUCUUCUUACUGCUUUGUAAGCCCAUUUUCCAGCAAGCUCUACGGUGGGGCAAAACCUUCAAAAAGAGGGGGAGCUAGCAUGUGAAGAUUGUGAGGUGCCUUUCUUGGUAGAAAUCUCUUCCUAACACAAGGGUGUGUGGAGUGCACUGCUUCUUACUUGGAGCAGACUACCUUUGGGCUUAGGCUGGUCCUGUCGUUUGGGCACCACUUUUGCCAAUAUGCUGUGCUGUGGGUGUUCUGGACUAUAGGUCACAUCAUCCCCUGCCAUUGGGGCGCUUGGGUUCAAUAUUCCUGAAUGGCACACCAAGCAAAGCUUGGGGAAGUUUCUCUUAUUUUUGGACCACAGCUCCCAGAAUCCCACUAACCUGCACAGGGAUUCAGGGCAGUAUAAUCCAGAAAUGGAACGUGCCCCAAGUUCUGCUCUGCCAUAUGGCUGCCUUAGUCCUUUCCCAAACCCAUUGCCUUACCAUGAUGUAUUUGCAUGCAGUCAGUCGUUUAUUGGGAAGGGGCUUUCCUGCUAAAUAACGGGCAAGUCAUCACCCUGCCCAUUUUUAUGAGUGACUAAAGUAAGUUGAACACUGGAUCUCUUAACUACUGAGCCUUUUCUUCACUUGGCCAUCCUCAACUACAAAUAAAGACUCUGAACGACUGUCCCUUCCCCACUCCUCUACGUUGAGGAAUGGGGAGAGGAAAGUGGGGAUGGCACUCGAAUUGUAAAUACAGAGCAUUUUAUAUUAAUUUAAUAAAUGAAAGAGAUUGCAAAUAGAAUUGUCAAAGAAACAA